CAGAUAUCUCCAUCCAAGUGGUGUCCCCUAGGUCUGCAUGGGUGUUCUUUUGCUCAUCAGCCUCGCCCAGGCAGUUUGGGCUGCUUAGCGUCUCUCAGUGAGCAGGAGGUGAGCAGGAGACACCAGGCCACUCUGCUGAGCAGCUCCAGACAAACCUUUUUGACCUGCGUGUAGUUGUGUUUCUGCUUCUGUUCAUCUGCUUUUGCAGGUACGAUGGCCCGUGUCUUUGUCUACGGCACGCUUAAGAAGGGCCAGCCCAACUACAAGCACAUGAUCAACACAGCCAAGGGGCUAGCCAAAUUCCAAGGAAGGGGCCGCACGGUGGAGAAGUACCCGCUGGUGAUUGCAGGAAAAUACAAUAUUCCUUACAUGCUGAACAUCCCGGGGACGGGCCACCACGUUGCCGGGGAGAUCUACUCGGUUGACGAGCAGAUGCUGCAGUUCCUGGAUGAGUUCGAAGGCUGCCCAGACAUGUACCAGCGUACCCUGAUGAGAAUCGAGGUGGUGGAGUGGGAAGGGAAGGGCGGUGCCGAGGGCGUCCUGGAGUGCUUCGUGUACAGCACAGCAACUUACCCGCCCGAGUGGGUGGGGCUCCCCUACUAUGACAGUUACGACUCCUCGGGGAAGCACGGCCUGUCCUACGUCCUACGCGAAAGCCGGGAAUAGAAAUGGGAGGUAACACAGCCCGGCCGAAGACAUAGUACUAAGCAGGUGUUGAUCAGUAACCUUUCCAGGAAAGCUGUAAUACCUUUGUAUUAAAAUAAUGCAGGAUCUCUUGUAACCUUCCCAACCCAGGAGCCUUGGUGCUAGAGCUGAAGUCCUGUUGGCCCAGAGUUGGAGACUCCCUCCCCAGGUAGUCAGUGUCCUCCUCGCCCCCGCCAACCUGCUGUAAAGAACUGGGUUUGCAUGAGGGCUAAAAACUCUGCAUGUGCACACCAGGUCUGGGGUCUAAUUAUUUCCUCAGUUUCCCCCUUUGCCUUGGUGCAUAAUGGAGGUCAGUGAAAGGCAGAGAAACAGACUUAAUUUUAUGUUUUUUUUUUUUCCUGAAUUGACAGAUUUUCAUGUGUAGUUCUCCAAGGUGGAAUAAUGAUAAUACUAUUGCACUAAUAGCUGAAACUGAUUUAAAAGUCAUGUCUGCAAAGUAAAGCAAAACUCGUGCUGAAUGUUGACUUAGUAUUUAGUAUGUAAUGGUAUUUAGUAGGUUACUGGAGAUACUCUGUGCUUCUAGACAAAUAGGAACUUGCUGAAGAAAUAGAGAAAAUGUAAAGAUUAUUCUUACUCUGCAUUGCAUUGUGGGUUUUUUUUGAACUGGAAAGGUGUAUUUUUAAAUAAUGUUUAGUUUUACAAGGUACCAUGAAAAAAUACUAAGAUAUUAUA